GGUCUGAAUCUGUACGUGGCAGCGACACACUCUCGCACCCCCUUCACUCCUGGGUGCUAACUAUUCACGUUUCACAGCGUGACGCCCAUUUUGGAACCCCGAGAGACGACGGUUAUUGAAUGAGAGAAAAUGAGGGUGCUCCUGUGUCUUGUCUCCUGGGUUCUGCUAUGCUGCUGCUGGAUCGCGCAAGCAGAGAUCUUCACCUCUAUAGGGCAGAUGACGGACCUCCUGUACACAGAAAAAGAGCUGGUCCGCUCCCUCAGAGAGUACAUUAAAGCAGAGGAGUCUAAGUUGGCUGAGGUCAGAAGCUGGGCCAGAAAACUGGAUGACCUGACCAGAAUAUCCACGUCCGACCCGGAAGGCUACCUGGCUCACCCGGUGAAUGCCUACAAGCUCAUGAAGAGACUCAACACCGAGUGGUCUCAGCUGGAGAGCCUGGUGCUGCAGAACCCCUCAGAUGGGUUCAUUUCCAACAUGACUGUGCACAGACAGUAUUUUCCUGAUGCGGAAGAUGAGACGGGUGCAGCCAAGGCACUGAUGCGUCUACAGGACACUUACCAUCUUGAUUCAGAGGAUUUUUCCAAAGGGAGGCUUCCAGGUAUGCACUCUAAUGCCAUGCUGACCGUGGAUGAUUGCUUUGACAUGGGCAAGACGGCUUACAACGACGGAGACUAUUACCACGGGGUGCUGUGGAUGCAACAGUCCUUGAAGCAGCUGGACGCAGGCGAGGAAGCUGUGGUUUCCAAGGCAGCCAUUUUGGACUACCUCAGUUAUUCCGUUUACCAAAUGGGAGAUUUGCCUCGUGCCAUCGAGCUGACGCGCCGGCUGGUGGCCAUAGAGCCGAGCCACCAGAGGGCAGGAGGAAACCUGCGGUAUUUUGAGAAGUUGCUACUCAAAGAGCAGAAAGAGGAGCGGCAGGAGGAGGAGCAGACAAAUCAGCCUGCCUCAGAGGAGCCCAUCCAGCUGGGAACCUAUGUCAGACCCCGAGACCACCUGCCAGAAAGAGAAAUCUAUGAGGCCCUAUGCAGAGGGGAGGGGGUCAGAAUGACCGAAGCAAGGCGCAGCCGUUUGUUCUGCCACUAUCAGGAUGGAAGCAGAAAUCCUCGUCUUCUGCUGAAGCCCAUGAAGGAGGAGGACGAGUGGGACAGCCCGCACAUUGUGCGCUACCUGGAAGCCCUGUCUGACUAUGAGAUUGAAAAGAUUAAAGAAAUGGCCAAACCUAGGCUUGCCAGAGCUACAGUCCGAGACCCCAAAACAGGAGUGUUGACCACUGCUAACUACAGAGUAUCAAAAAGUGCCUGGUUAGAAGAAGAAGAUGGCCCGGUCAUUGCCAGAGUCAAUCAGAGAAUACAGGACAUCACAGGCCUAACUGUAGACACAGCAGAGUUACUACAGGUUGCUAACUAUGGUGUUGGAGGACAGUAUGAGCCACAUUUUGACUUUUCCAGGCGUCCUUUUGACAGCAACCUCAAGGUCGAUGGAAAUAGGCUUGCCACGUUCCUAAAUUACAAAGAUGAGCCUGAUGCUUUCAAAAGAUUAGGCACUGGAAAUCGUGUGGCCACUUUUUUGAACUAUAUGAGUGAUGUUGAGGCAGGAGGUGCCACAGUCUUCCCUGAUUUUGGGGCUGUAAUCCAGCCCAAAAAGGGGACAGCGGUGUUCUGGUAUAACCUUUUCAAAAGCGGAGAAGGAGACUACAGGACAAGACAUGCAGCCUGUCCUGUCUUAGUAGGAAGUAAAUGGGUAUCCAACAAAUGGAUUCAUGAGCGAGGGCAGGAAUUCCUCAGACCCUGCGGCCUCACAGAAGUGGAUUGAACAUUGACUAUGCAUACAUUCUGCAAACACACAAGCGUGCACACACACACACACACACACAACAUACAGAUGUCUCAUACAGUUCUGAAAUAGAUCCAUACACAGUACAUUAUUUUGAUCAUUUUGUCAGUGUCAACUAACAGUUUUAACAAGGAAAUGUAGACGUAAUAAGUGGCUGGAGAGUUUUCAUAAAUGUUUCAAUUUGGUAAUAUAUGAUUUCUAGCUACGUUCUCCAUCAAGAAUCACAUCAAUGAUCACACACCCAAAGGCGGAAACAAGUCGAUUAUGAAUUGACAAAUAACAAAGAUAAAACUAUAAAUGCAGUUACUUUAUACAUCCAUCCAUCCAUUAUCUGAGCCACUUAUCCUCACAAGGGUCGCGGGAGCGCUGGGGCCUAUCCCAGCUAUCAUUGGGCAGGAGGCGGGGUACACCUUGAACUAGUCGCCAGCCAAUCGCAGGGCACAUAAAAGCAAACAACCAUCCUCACUCCCAUUCACACCUACGGGUAGUUUAGAGUGUUCAAUACCACGCAGGCACAGGGAGAACAUGCAAACUCCACACAAGCGGGGCCGGGGAGUGAACCCCGGCCCUCAGAACUGUGAGGCAGACGCUCUAACCAGUCGUCCACCGUGCCGCUUCACUUUAUCCAUCCAUCCAUCCAUUUUCUGUACUGCUUUAUCCUCACAAGGGUCGCGAGCUUGCUGGAGCCUAUCCCAGCUAUCUUCGGGCGAGAGGCGGGGUACACCCUGAACUGGUCGCCAGCCAAUUGCAGGGCACAUAUAAACAAACAACCAUUCGCGCACACAUUCACACCACAAGGCAAUUUAGAGUCUUCAAUCAACCUACCAUGCAUUUUAUUGGGAUGUGGGAGGAAACCGGAGUGCCCUGAGAAAACCCACGCAGGGACGGGGAGAACAUGCAAACUCCACACAGGCGGGGCCGGGAUUUUAACCCUCAACUGUGAGGCAGAUGUGCUAACCAGUUUCCACCGUGCUGCCUUACUUUAUACAGUACACACAAAAUCCCAAAACGUGCAAAUCAUAGCACUUUGUCAUCACUGAUUGGUAAUUCUGAGCCCUACUGUUGCAUUACACAUUACUUUUGCUGUGUUGAACUUGUGUGAACGUGCAUCACAUUUUUAAACACAUCCUUAGCAAGCUUGUCGUCAGGACUGCCAGCCGACUAACACAUUAGGGAGCGAAAAAAAAUAAGAAUCUAAGAAUCUUGUCAAUAAAAAUAAAGGGCUGAAAUGCAAAUAAAAUGUUUAACCAUCUUUUUAGUUAAACCGAACAAUCUGACAGGAAUGUUUUCUUUUUCCCACCAGAUGCUUUAUUUAUACAGUGUUUAAAUUAUUACAUCAGAUUUUUUUACCAGAUUCCCAUCAGUAAAGUCAAUAAAUGGUCUUUUAUUUUAAAAUGUGA